AUGGGGAACAGUGGAUCCGCCCCGGAACCGGACACGGAUGAGUUCUCCUCCCCGGCGCCCGCCCAGGAGCCCGCUGGUCUGACCCUGUACAAGGGGGAGAGGAACAGCAAGGGUGAUUUCCAGUGGAAGGAGGCGGCAGGCGGCAUCCACGCCAGCCUGUAUGACGCCAAUGAGGACGCGACGGGCCGCAGGCCCGAGUGGCACUUUGAGCUGGAGGGGGGUCCCGUCGACCUGAACGCCGUCAUCGACGACGACUUCGUCUUCGACCUGGCCUCCCGCCGCGUGCUCUUCACCGUGGACAACACCAUCUGGGCCCUGCACACGCCGGCAGGGGGAGUUUUCGAGGCCCUGCAUGCAAAGUACGAGCGCGCCCUCUUCGAGAACAAGUGGGGCCUGGAGGACACCCUGGAGAACAGGAAUAAGAUCAUGGGCACCGACGGGCUGCAGAUGAUCGGGAAGGAGACCGCGGAGUCGCUGCGCGCCUGGGCCGAUGACAUGGACGUCGACGUGCCGACGGCAGCGGAGCUGAGUACGCCGCCUAGGGAGCGGCUGGUGGGCCGCCGCGAUGCGAUCCACGGCCUGGUCAUGGGGGCGGGGGACCGCAGCUACCUGAUCCGGGACGGCGAGAUCAACGUCAUGCGCAAUGUGCUGGGGGGCAUGGAGGACGCAGCGGUGAAGCUGUCUUUUGGAAUGCCCGAGUCGGGGGGCACCCCCGGGACGGGCCGGCGCAGCACUCGGCGCUCAUCCCUGGGCCCCGCAGCCGCCUCGGGCGGCGGCUCGCUCACGCCCUCUCGCGCGCUGCUCAUGGCAGCCGAGUCCAAGAUGGCCAUGCUGACGCCGCUGCGCAAGUCCAACCUCAUCCAGGCCGACAUCGAGACGGGGCGCGUGGUGAGUGAGUGGUCCUUCCAGAAGGAUGGUGUGGACAUCCCCAUGGACGACAUCGUGGGCGACACCAAAGCCUCGCAGCUGGAGGACCGGCAGACCUUCCUGGGCCUGGGCACCAACCGGCUGGUCCGCUGGGACAUGCGCGACCGGGCGGGGGUGGUGCAGGAGAUGGGGUCGCCGAUCGUGCAGUAUGCCGGUGGCAAGGACUAUGCGCGCAACACCAACUUCACCUGCAUGGCCACCAGCGGCGACGGGUACGUGGUGGUGGGCUCCCAGGACGGGCGGGUGCGGCUGUACAGCGAGAGCACACUGACCCAGGCGCGCACCAGCAUCCCCUCCCUGGGCUACCCCAUCACCGACGUGGAUGUGACCUACGACGGGCGCUGGGUGGUGGCCACCGCCGCGCACUACCUCAUGGUGGUCAUGACCACCUACCGGCCGCCGGGGUCGGAGGCCACGCUCUGCGGCUUCACCUCGCGCAUGGGCGCCAACAGCCCCGCGCCCCGCCUUCUGCGCCUCCGCCUUGAAGACGCGUUGCGCACGGGCAACAAGCCAUUGCAGAAGGGGCGGUUCACCUGGGUCACGGAGCGCGGGCGCCAGGAGCGGUGGGUGGUGGCCUCCUGUGGCAGCUACACCGUGCGCUGGAACCUGCGGGUGGUCAAGACGGCCAAUGCGCAGACCGUGAGCGGGGGCGGACUGACCACCGUCGACCAGUACCAGCUGCUGUCCAAGGAGGAGCAUGUGGUGGACUCCGCCUUCAUGCACGACAACUUUGCCAGGAGUCAUGGAGAGUCCAUGGUGGUGGUCACCGACAACCAUGUGUACAACAUCAACGAUGACGAGGACAGCUCUUGA